AGUUGCUGGCAUACUAGCUGGCAUGGUAGCUGGAGGGUCACUGGCGUUUGGCAACUGGAAUUGGCAAGUUACUGGUGCCCAUCGUUUACACGACGCAAGUUACUAUAAAUGUAUUGGCACAUAGCUAUUAAUUUGUGAACCUAUAAUGCAGUAGUGCUUUUGCAGUUAACAUAAAUAAGCUUUAUAGCAUAAAAUACAUUUUUUAAGUACUUUAAUUUCAUUAUGGCAGAAACAGCUAACAUCAUUGCUUUUAAAAAAGCAGUGCGUUCUAUUUCUAUAUUGUUGUGUGACGAGCUAUUGGAAAUAUGUGAAGAGGAAUCGAAGAAGAAAAAACGAAAAGUUUGGAGAUUUGAUGGAUAAAAAAAAAUGUGGAGCAUCACAAACAAUUAUAAAAGAACUGCAUGACAAUGACCCACAAGAAUUUAGAUCUAUGAUUAGGCUAACACCAGAACAAUUUGAAGCGUUGUUGAUUAUGAUAAGUCCAAUCAUUACCCUUGAAGACACUUUUAUGCGCGACGCUCUACCGGCCAGGCUAAAGCUAGAAAUGACAUUAACAUUAAAUUUCUAGCUUCAGGAAUAAAUUUCAGAAUGUUGUCAAUUAUGUUUCGUGUUUCUAAAUCAUCUAUUUCAAAUAUGAUUCCUGAUGUGUGUGAUGCCAUCUACUCAGUUUUGAAAGAUUACAUAAAAGUGCCAACUUUAAAAGAAUGGCAGAAAAUUCAACUUGGAUUCAAUGAAAUAUGGAACUUUUCUGGAUGUUGUGGAGCUAUUGAUGGAAAGCACAUAGUAAUUAAAGCACCUCCAAGUGCAGGGAGUGAAUACUACAAUUACAAAGGCACAAACAGUAUUGUUCUUCUUGGUAUAGUCGACCACAACUAUUGCUUUAGUUAUAUUGAUGUCGGAUCCUAUGGACGAAAUGCAGAUGGUGGUGUAUUUCAACAGUGUGACUUAUAUCCUUUACUGGAAAAUGAGUCAUUAUUACCCAAAGGAGGAGUUCUAGUGGGGGAUGAUGCCUUUCCCUUAAAAACCUACCUUAUGAAACCAUAUUCGAAGAUCAAUUUGACAAAGGAAGAAAGAUUAUACAAUUACAGAACUAGUAGAGCCAGGAGAAUUGUUGAAAAUGGUUUCGGCAUAUUAGCCAGUCGCUUUCGUAUUUUUGGUCAGCCUAUAGCAGUAAAAGUUGAAACUACCAUAAAAAUAGUAAAAGCUACAUGUGCUAUACACAACUAGUUGCGAUUAACUACACCUGCUUCUUACACACCACCUGGAUGUUAUGACUAUGAAGAUAUUGUAAAUUCUACAAUAGUACAGGGGGAGUGGAGGUCUGAAAUAUCUAAGAUGCCAAGUAUUUUGCGUACACGAAAUUACAAUAGGCCAAAGAAAAUUGCACAACAAGUAAGAGAAACAUAUAAAGAGUAUUUCAACGGAGAAUGGGCAGUUGAAUGGCAAGAUAGAAUGAUAUAGUAUUAUAGUAAAUAUAAUAAAUGUAAUAUAAUAUAAUAUAUAAAUAUAAUAUGUAUAAAUAUUAAUGUAAUAUUUGACUAUAACAAAAUUGUGAAUAUUUAAACUUUAAAUGUGUUUUAUUAAAUACUUAUUUGUUAGUUAAGUAUUUAAUAAGGUAUUAAGUAUAAUAAUUAUUUUGAUUUUAAAUAAACUAAUGAAAACUGAAUUAUGGUUU